AAAAAUACAUCGUAGUGCUACCAAAACUCCUCUGCGUUCGGUGUCUGUGUAUAAAUUGUUUAGCUAUCCUCACCGUUUCAUCUUUAACUGAGUUUAUUUUAAUUUCUAUUUCGCUGUUGUUAGCUAGUGGUUAAGCUUUUAUUUUUGUUCCCCGUUGUUGUUGUAUUGCAACGCACACUCCCGUUCUAUGAGUCUUCAGCAAGGCGGUGUACAGUAAGCAGGAAAACAAAGCCAGCACUAUAGUGAAAUAAAAGCGGCGAGAGAUAACACAACACAAUGCUCCGUAUCUUCCGCAAUGCCAUACUGGACAAACGCAUCACCCGCAAGACGUUCUCCUUCUCGGCUGUCGCGGCCAAGCGCUACGUCAUAAAAGAUCACUACGAGUUCGAUCAGAAGGUAAUAAACAGUGACAACCCGGUGAUCGUAAACUUUCACGCUGAAUGGUGCGAUCCGUGCAAGAUACUUACGCCAAAAAUGACCGAAUUGCUAGAACCAUCGGACGAGAUUGAUCUGGCAAUCGUGGACGUGGACGAUAAUGCGGAGCUGGUGCAUACGUUCGAGGUGAAAGCGGUUCCAGCAAUUCUUGCCUUCCGAAACGGUGUGGUGGUAGACAAAUUUAUCGGUCUCGUAGAUGCGAAUAUGAUUGAGAAUUUGAUUGGUAAAUUGACCAAAAAAAAGGCCACCUAAGUCGCGACCUGGUAGAAAAGCUAUCGGACAGACGGCGUGAUGUGAGUGCCAGCACACGUGUUCGUGUUACGAAUGUGGGGCCAUUUUAAAAAGAGAAAAUGCAUUACAAAACAGUUAGCUGGUUUUAAGGAUGGCACAAAACGACGAAUGAUUUCGAGGGGCGUGUAAGGCGUUUCGUGAGAUUUACGCGCGGAUAGCUACUAACCACAUAGGAUACAACACCAACAACAAGAAUGACCCUAGCAUGGUAAACGGAAUUGGGGGGAAUAGUGACAAACGAAAGUGUGCAUUCGAGGGUUCGGUUGGUGGUUCAAACCACUCUCCAUUUUAGCACUCUCCUCUACUACGAUAGGCAUUGUGAUGUACAGUGAUCGAUUUUAUUGUUUUCUGUAAGUGUCCACACCUGGUGAAACGAUUUUAUUUUUUAAUUUACGAUCGAAAAUAUACGGGAAAACGAAAC